UCUUCUUCUUCGUCGUAGUCUUCUUCGUCGUCCUCUUCUUCUCCUUCGUCGUCGUCUUCUUCUUCGUCUUCGUAGUCGUUGUUGCGUGGGUCCGGAGCGGCGAACACGAUGGCAGCAGGUCACGUUGACCGGUAUCUUCCCCGCAUCGCACACAGCUGAUCUCGUGUCUGAGUGUGUUGUGACUUCCCUCCGGCGUCAUGGAACCUGUUUAUAACUUCAGCACUCGGAUCGUCAAGUCAAUUCAACAACAAUAAAUAUUAGAGACAUCUAAUAUAUAUGUUGACUAUACAAUCAUUCUGAGCCUGGCAUUAUCCAAUGUGCAUUUCUGUGCUCUGGAAAUGGACACGUCUCAUUUUUAUUUUCAGAAAACCGAGCAUACUUAACUUAAUAUGAUUGUCUCGAUGUGCAUAUCGAUGUUAGUUAAUCUUUUUUUUAACAUAUUCACCUGUAGUGUCUUCCAAAGUUGAAUUUCUCACCCUGUUGGGUUGUCUCAUCGAUAGAAAUGCCCAAUAUUCAAUAACCAUUUGUUGUUGAUGUAAAGCGUCAUGCUGCAAGAUGACUAAGAAUAGAAUAAAAAGGUCAAGCACCACAACAUAACGUAUACGCCGCUUCAGUAAACGUUCCUCCUGGUUGUGUGUUUGCAGCUUAAACACCGAACCGAAGCUCAAAGUUAUCGUCUAAUGCGUGGAGCGGUCACCAUGGUCACACACACACACACACACACAUGUCAUCACUCAUACACUCAUCAUGCAGAUGAAGUCACUUUGGCCUCUUAACCCUUGUGUUGCCUUCGGGUCAUUUUGACCCGAUUCAAUAUUUAACCCUCCUGUCGCCUUCGGGUCAAUUUGACCCGAUUCAAUGUUUAAUGUCGGUGUUCUUUCGAGAGUCAACAAACAAACAUAAAGUACCUCACACUUAAACUUGGAAAACAAUAUUAAUUCUAAUAAUUUUCUGGAGAUUUUAAUAGCUGGGGUCAUAUUGACCUCAAGGGUAAAAUAUGUUAGUAAAUAUAAAGGUAACAGGAGGGUUAAACAUUGAAUCGGGUCAUAUUGACCCGAAGGCGACAGGAGGGUGAAACAUUGAAUCGGCUCAAAUUGACCCGAAGGCAACACAAGGGUUAAGUUCACCACAAGUGUCCCUGAAUCAUUGAGAAAUUAGAGCAUCAGUGGACACACACACACACACACACAUUAAUGGCGCCCCCUAUGAACAACUAUCUGCAUGGCAGAUGCCUGGACUCAAGCGUGCGCGCGCCCUUCAAACUUGAGAGUGGACGCGCAUUAAAACAUCAUAUUAACAUGAUUACUUUCCUUUAGUCUGAUCUCCUCUCCAACGCAUUUUAUUUAUGUUUCAGAAUAUUAAAAUCUCAACUGAAUCCCGCAGCUCAAGCAAAAAUAAGUUUCUAAAUAGUUUAAAUGUGUAUUUAAAUUCUUUAAUCACUUCAUUGGUAUUCAAACCGCUCGCUGACGUGCCGCGCGCCGCCGCUCCGCCGCUCGGAGUAACGGAGUCGAGGCGCUUCAUCGGCCGACCGCAGGCUGCCGCUCGGGGGUGUGACUACAGUCACCGGGCUCUAUAUAUAUUGAGAUGUUUUGUCCGGUGGCUUCACGUGAAUUAGAGAGCCGCCGCCCAGUGACACGUCUCCGCGGUCGGACGGCGCAAUGGACUCCCGCUUCGCUUCCCUCUGCGUCAUUCUCCUCCUGGCGUCGUUCGCGCGCAGGUCAGGUGCGGUCGGACCCGUCGUGAGAUGCGAGCCGUGCGACGUCCUCGCGCGGCUCCUGUGCAAACCGCUGCCCCGGGACUGCGCCGAGAGGGUCCGCGAGCCGGGCUGCGGCUGCUGCAUGAGCUGCGCGCUGAGCUCCGGGCAGCCGUGCGGCGUGUACUCCGGCCGCUGCGGCUCCGCGCUCACGUGUCAGCACCAGCCCGGAGAGACGAAGCCACUGCAGGCGCUGCUGGAGGGACGCGGCGUCUGCGCCAACGCCACGCACCGGAACCGAGGAGUGUCCACCGGACCCACGCGACCGGUCAAUGAACUGCCAGCGGAGAACAUAGAGACCCAGGACGAGGAGGGCAAUUCCACCGGGUCGAGCCUCCAGACGCCGUCCAGCACCCACAGGCCCACGGGGCCCCUGAGACCUCCGCUCCACCCGUUCUUCCCCUCCGCCAAGUCGGAGGUGCUCCGGCGGGAGCAGCAGAAGAGGACGCAGAGCUUAAAGAUGGAGGCGCUCCCGGGACCGCUCAUCACCGACCAGCAGAACUUCUCUCUGGAGACCAAACAGGAGCCCGAGUAUGGGCCCUGUCGGAGAGAGAUCGAGGGCAUCCUCAGCAGCCUGAAGAUCACCGACAUCCUCAACCCCAGAGGGUUCCGCAUCCCGAACUGUGACAAGAAGGGCUUCUACAAGAGGAAACAGUGCCGCCCGUCCAAAGGCAGAAAGCGAGGCUUCUGUUGGUGCGUGGACAAAUACGGGCAGCCCGUGCCAGGUUUCAGUGAGAAGGAGCGAGGAGACGCCCCGUACUACAACUCCGAGAGCCAAUAGGAGCAGGGCAGGACGGAGGGAGGGAUUGUUUUUGUGGGGGGGGUUGUGAGAGCAAGAAGAAUUGUAAACGAAUGGAGACACUGAAGAUAUUGGGAGAGGGGUCAAGAGAUGGCUACGCCAGCACAUGGAUGUUCUGCUACUUCCAGCCGCCGCCUGUGGGACCUUUUCUAUUUUACGAGGAACCAGGAGGGGGAGGAGGACUUUUAUGCAAAGUAUGGACUCUUCACAAGCUUUUUUUUUUGUCUCUUGUCUCUUGACCCAACCAGGACAACUUCUGGGAAGAGGAUGUGACUGAUCUCAGAGGCCUCGUUCCCAAUAUGAAAACGAUAAAAUGAAAAGAAAGAAGAAAAAACAGAGACAUUUGUCACACACAAGGAUGAGAGUGCUCGUCAUCUACGCACAAUUGAGUGGCAUUGCACGUUGUGUGCGUGUGUGUUGUCACGACAACCGUUAAUCUAUGUAUGCGUGUGUGUAUGAAUAUGUCUUUUGGAUGCGGUGCCUUACUUUUCUACGAGCUGCUUCCUGCUACUCGGGGCGUCGGGCUGUGCAGCUCAGACACGACGUAUACUUACAAAAUAAAAAAGAAGGUUUUAUUGAUCUGAAGCCACGAGAAGAGGGAGGUUGAGUCAUCCUGUGGUCGUUACUGUUCUGGUGUCACUUUGAGUUGAAUUUUUGGGAUAAAGGCCACAAAGCGUUAUCUCUGAUCUCUGUGUAUAUAGCCGGUGGUCACCUCCAUCACUUGCCUUGGUGUAAGUGUUUAAUACGCUGUUUGCAUGUACAAUGCAACCCCUCAGAGGUCUAUUUUUUACUUAAUAAAGGCAGUAUAAAAGUU